UAUGAAAGGACAUUUUUCGGCAUGAUCGCAUUUGUUAGGUUUAGUUGCGAAAGCCGAUCACAGUUGGGGAAAUGAACGAGGGGUCCUCCCUCCUUGGAGCUAUGAGACUGAACACGACCGCCAUGGAUGGGGGCUCGAAGGAUACUGAGAAGGACUCAUCGUUUCGCGUGCUUACGGGCUGUUUCCUCUCCUUGUUGAUACUUUCCACGCUACUGGGGAACACUCUGGUCUGUGCGGCUGUGAUCAGAUUUCGCCAUCUCCGAUCGAAAGUUACCAAUUUCUUCGUGAUCUCAUUGGCUGUAUCCGAUCUUUUGGUGGCCGUCCUGGUGAUGCCUUGGAAGGCGGUGAGCGAGAUCGCGGGGUUUUGGCCCUUUGGAUCUUUCUGUAACAUCUGGGUAGCCUUUGAUAUAAUGUGUUCCACAGCCUCCAUCCUGAAUCUUUGUAUCAUUAGCGUGGACCGAUACUGGGCCAUCUCCAGCCCAUUCCGCUACGAGCGCAAGAUGACACCUAACGUGGCUUUUGUGAUGAUCAGUGUGGCCUGGACCCUCUCCAUCCUGAUCUCUUUUAUACCUGUGCAGUUGAAUUGGCACAAGGCUAAACGCACCAUAGUAUUGGAUUACAACACUUCUCAAUACCCAGGGGAGAACUGUGACUCAAGCCUGAACAGGACCUAUGCAAUCUCCUCGUCUCUGAUCAGCUUCUACAUCCCCGUGGCCAUCAUGAUCGUCACCUACACCAGAAUAUACCGGAUCGCCCAGAAGCAGAUUCGGCGCAUCUCGGCCCUGGAGAGAGCAGCCGUGCACGCCAAGAACUGCCAGAGCAGCAGGAGCAGCGGCAGCAACGCCGACAUCCAGCAACCCGAGAGCUCCUUCAAAAUGUCCUUCAAACGAGAGACCAAAGUUCUCAAGACCUUGUCAGUCAUCAUGGGGGUCUUCGUUUGCUGCUGGCUACCAUUCUUUAUUCUCAAUUGCAUCGUGCCCUUUUGCGGGACCCAAGCCCAUGCCAACAGCAAGGUGGCGCAUCUGCCGUGCGUCAGUGGCAGCACUUUCGACGUGUUUGUCUGGUUUGGCUGGGCCAACUCCUCCCUCAACCCCAUCAUCUACGCCUUCAACGCCGAUUUCCGCAAGGCUUUCUCCACCCUGUUGGGCUGCGACUCUUUCUGUAACAGCGACGCGGUGGAGACGGUCACCAUCCACAACGGUGUGUCGGCCUAUAACCCCGGUGGCUCCCUAGAUAAAGUGGAGAACAGCGUCUACCUGAUCCCCCAUUCGGUGCCGUGCACUCAGGAAAAUCCUAUGGAUCCCAACCGCUGCAUAAAACUUUCCCCGGUCUCCCAACAUGGGGCGGUCAGUCUUCUGUCCAGCAAUGGAGAAUAUGAGACUGAUGUGUCGCUGGAGAAAAUAAUUCCUGUCACUCAAAAUGGCCAACACACCUGACGGUUUACAAACCAAUACCAGGGAGGUGCCGCCUUUCACCCAAGAGGCAAAAUACUGUACUUGCGAGCUGGUAUUAAAUUUAAUAGACGUGGUUCACCUAGCAUCCACAAUUUGCAAUGCACUGCUCUCUGUAGUUACUUGAAACAAGUUAUAUUUAACAGGAUCGUUCUUUCCCCCAGAUUCACUGAUGAAGAGUAAACUGAAUUAAAUACUGCGGGUGUCUUCUGCGUCUAAUUUCUCCUGGGUAGAUUAUUGUCUUUAGGAACUGCCCAGUGAGGGACUGAGAUGACUUAUUCAGUGCUUCGGUCCCAUCGUACCAGCCAUAUUUCAAAAUAUUGUCCAGAAUACUUGAAUGGAGCCCUGCUUCAGGCGAUGUCAAUCGCUGUGGAAUAGAGCUUGUACUGUAUGUGGGCAGAAAUCGGAUUAUAAAUAACUGAAGCCUUUAAUUGGGUUUCUGAUAACCCCUAUGCCCUUGAUGAAAUGGAGUUACACACUUUUAUUUUCUUUUUAUUCGAACACACCUAAAACUAAAGAAUCUUAAUUCUAAGAUUAAU